UGCAGGUUUGCCCGGGUGUAAGUUAGUGACAUCGUUGAUACCUAAAAUUCAUGGCUACAAUCGUCCUUUCCAGGGUGUUCGAACAUUCAGGCAGGAUGACUCCAGGUUAUGCAUAUUACAGUAUAUCGGUAUCAGCAUCCUUCACGCCCACCCGGUAACAUUCUCUUCGCCUUGACGAAGCUGCCUCAUAUGCCGCAAGUCCGAGAUCGCUACGAGCAUUGACAAACCCAGAGAGACCGCACAUGCAAGUCUCGAGCUCUACCAGACACUUGACGGGCUUUCCUCCAUGCUCGCACCUACUUUUUCUUCGACUCGAGAUGCCCCUCCAAUAAACAUUCUAGGGCUCUUUGUGGUCGCAUUGGGGACGCAGCCAGACGAGGACUCUCGUCUACAGCGCUGGUCUUCAUUCAUUGGCAUUGUGACUGCUAUUAUUGGGAAUCUUCUCAUAUCUUUCGCCCUCAAUACACAAAGAUAUGCACAUAUUCUCAUAGAAAGGGAACACAAUGAGCGAAAAAGGCCUGGUGCACAGGAUCCGUCAUUCGAAAGACCUGGUUCAUACGGCACAUCGGAGCAAGAGCAUGCAGCGGAGGUGCGGAGGAGGGUAAAUCUUGGAUUGCCUGAUCCCAAGGAGGGUGCAAACGGAAAUGGCCAUACUGCGGAUGGCAACAUCGAUGGCAGCCCUCACUCAGACCUCGAACCCUCAGGGCAGAAGAGUGAACCGGACACGGGUGAUGAUCAGGAUAGACCCUCCUACCUGAAGUCCCCAUGGUGGUGGCUCGGUUUGGUGCUGAUGAUAGUGGGAGAAGCCGGCAAUUUUCUGGCAUAUGGCUUCGCACCAGCCUCGAUCGUCAGUCCCCUCGGUGUGGUAGCCCUGAUAUCAAAUUGUCUUAUUGCUCCUCUCAUGCUUAAGGAGCGCUUUCGAAAACGCGAUUUCUUGGGGGUGCUGGUGGCUAUCGCUGGCGCUGUGGUUGUCGUCCUCUCGGCGAGCACAAGCGAAGAGAAGUUUGGCCCUGGCGCACUGUGGAGGACGAUCAAAAGGUGGGAAUUUUUAGUCUAUGUGUUGAUCACGAUGUUGCUGAUUGUGGCUCUCGUAUAUGUUGAGCCACGGUACAACCGACGCACAAUACUGGUUGAUCUUGGGCUGGUCGGUCUCUUUGGAGGAUAUACCGCGCUGUCGACCAAGGGCGUGGCAUCUCUCCUAUCAGCAUCUCUCUACAAGGCUUUCACGUACCCGAUCUUCUACUUUCUGGCGGCCAUCCUUGUUUCAUCGGCGCUUAUGCAAAUACGCUACUUGAACAGUGCAUUGCAAAACUACGAUUCUACACAGGUCAUACCCACACAAUUUGUGCUCUUCACAUUGUCGGUCAUCAUUGGUUCGGCUGUUUUGUAUCGGGAUUUCGAGCACGCCACGGCUGACCAAGCCGUGAAAUUCGUUAGCGGUUGUCUUUUGACGUUCUUUGGAGUUUAUUUGAUUACCAGCGCCCGGGAGGAUCCAGAAGCCUCAGAUGACUAUGAAGAACAUGAGGAUGAAACUAUCCAACUUCUUGAUGAGGAAACAGAGGAUGUUGAUGAACGGACACCCCUGAGAAGAGACGGAAAACGUUCAAAUGCAUACGAACGGGAUGAAUAUCAUUCCACUCUGGGGACGGUCGAAGAAUCAGACGGCGAGCCUCUCGCACCGCGACCAGGAUCCAGAGCAUCUUCAGCAGUACCAUCUAUUGCUGUGACGCCGGCGGAGUCCUCGGACAAUAUGCUUGCAAAUCCAUGGGCGUCCUCAACAGAGGAUAUUGACGCACCUCUUCCGCCCCAAACUCCGAAUAGCGAAAGACUGCCCUCGACACCUUUCUUUACACCUUUCACCUCGAACUCUCCGCUGAAGCGAUCUACUUCGUCCCCAGCAGGUACAGACACACCCAUCAAGCUAGGCACGCCUCGGCUGCCCAGCCCGGAACGCCCUGGGAAGUCCUGGCUAGGAGAUCCGUCUCCAAUACUGAUGCCGCGUUCGACACGAGGAAGUAUUUCUCGUCUUUUGCCUUUUCCCGGCCCAUUGUUGCCACCACUCUCAUCUUCGCUCAGCGCAUUGGUCGCGGACUCGCUGCUCAAGGGCGAGGGCGCCCCUCGUUCUGUCCGUGCAGCACUACGGCGAAGCCGGUCUGAACGACAUUCACCUAUGGAACGACGCCAGACCAUGCCUGUACCGGAUGAUGUCAACCCCUUGGGCCUGCACUUCCAGAACCGCAGUGUAGAUCGAGUAGGGCUCAGCCGAGCGGCUACCCACGAAGGUGCUGUAAGGGACGAACUUGCCCAGGAAGCCGAUGAUCCCAAUCAGCGCAGAACCAGGCUACGUGCUCUAAGCGAGUCGAUACAAAGCAUCAUGGGCCGGAGUAAGGGGAAGAAAAGAGACGAUUUGGAAGGCGGCGUCGAUGAGACCGACGCUACUUGAUUUAAUACAUGUUGUACAAUGUAGCUGCGCUCAAAAGCAUACCCUUAGAUGU